CUAUCUCUCUCAACAAAUUCUCCUUAUUUUUGCUUCUCAAAUAUAUUUUUUCCUUUUUUUUUUCUCCCUUCUAAUUGGGCAACUAGAUAAAACAAAACUAAAUUUGAAACAUCUAUUGUUAAGUUUCUUAAGAGUUAAGAAUUUAUUUUUAAAAAAGAGUUAGGUAUAUUUCCAAGAUUAGAUUUUUAAUAUAUCUGAAACUUAAUUACUCUAUUUGAUGGUCAUUCACAAUCUUUCAGAUCCGAAUAUCACUCUAUUUGUAGGUUCGGACUAAUCCAUUUUGAAAAUUUUGUUUUUUUUGGUUCUUUUUUUAAUUUCUUUGCUUUUCUUGUUGCAUUUGCUGUGUGAUUUGAAUUGAAAUCAUUUGCCUUUUGUAAAAAAAAAAAAAAAAAAAAAAAAAAAAAAAUCACUGCAGAAAGUUUGGAAUAGCAAUCCCCCAAAAUUGGAGUUUCUUGCCUCGAGAAUUCUCUAUACAGUGUUUGGUUUGUUAUUCUAUUUUAAAUUACAUUAAUUUCACUUACAUUCUUGAUUUUCUUACAAUGUGGGUUGGUGUUAGGUGAAGUUCCUUAUAAUCUUGGAUCUUGGGUUGUUGGGAUUCUUGAUUUAGAUUGUUGGUGGGAAUUUUCUUGACCCCAUUUGGAUUUACUUACUAGUCUUUCUUUGAGGUGUGUGGAUAUUGGGGUUCCGAUCCAUUUUUUUGGUUAAUUUUUAAUCAAGAAGAGUAGAUAAAUUGUUGUAAUGAUUGGGAUUUGAGGUUGGGGUUAACUAUACUGGGGUUACUGGUGAUUUGAGAGAAAUGCUGGUGGGAAAACAGCUAAAUGCCAGAGACAUUGAGUGAAAAUGGAUUGGAUUUUGUGCUAAAAAUAGGAUCUUGUUUAGAAAGAGGGAGCUUUAGAUUUGGAUACAAUGGGUUGUGUUUGCUCAAAGGGGGUUUCUACUAAAAGGCGUGGUAGUAAUCGAACUAAGGAGAAAGAAAAAAAGAAAUCGUCAUCUAAAAGACUUAUUGCAUCUGCCAAAGAGGAGGAUGAUUUGGUGGAGGUUGAUAAUGUUGGGAAUGAUGCGACUACGAGGCUUAUAUCAACAGACCCAAUUGAGAAAAGUGCAGGUUCCACCCCACCUGCUUGGGAUGAGGGAGAGAAGAAGUCUAUAGUUCUUGAGAAACCUGAAGUGCCAAAGGUGCAAAGACCGGCAGCAACAAAAGCAACUGAGGUUGGAGGACAACCUCAGAUAAAUAGAAUAUUCAAUGUUAGGAAUGGAGUUGACGGUGCACAAGUUGUUGCUGGAUGGCCGUCAUGGCUGACAAACGUGGCAGGUGAAGCUAUCAAAGGCUGGGUUCCUCGGAAGGCAGAUUCAUUUGAGAAGUUGGAUAAGAUUGGCCAAGGUACAUACAGCAGUGUGUACCGAGCCCGAGACGUGGAAACUGGAAAGGUUGUUGCAUUGAAGAAAGUACGAUUUAUUAACAUGGAUCCAGAAAGUGUUCGUUUUAUGGCUAGGGAAAUUCUUAUACUCCGGAGACUAGAUCAUCCAAAUGUGAUGAAGCUUGAAGGUCUUGUGACCUCUCAGGUCUCAGGCAAUCUGUAUCUUGUCUUUGAAUACAUGGAACAUGACCUUGCAGGUCUUGCAGCAUCACCAGCUGUCAAAUUUACUGAAUCUCAGAUUAAAUGUUACAUACAACAGCUUUUUCGUGGACUUGAACACUGCCAUAGUCGUGGUGUCUUGCACCGUGACAUUAAGGGUUCGAAUCUUCUGAUAGACAAUAAUGGGAACCUCAAGAUUGGCGAUUUUGGGCUGGCAACUCUUUACCAAAAGAAUCAAAGGCAGCCUCUAACAAGCCGUGUAGUUACAUUGUGGUAUCGUCCUCCCGAGCUUUUGCUUGGUGCUACAGACUAUGGAGCGGCUGUAGAUUUAUGGAGUUCUGGUUGCAUCGUUGCUGAAUUAUUUGCAGGGAAGCCUAUAAUGCCAGGAAGAACUGAGGUGGAACAGCUUCAUAAGAUCUUUAAACUUUGUGGCUCACCAUCCGAAGAAUAUUGGAAGAAAUCAAAAUUGCCACAUGCGACGAUCUUUAAACCUCAACAGCCAUAUAAGCGCUGCCUUGCCAACACAUUCAAGGACUUCCCUCCAUCAGCUUUAGUACUUUUAGAUUCCCUCCUGGCUUUUGAACCUGAGUAUCGGGGUUCUGCUACUUUGGCACUUCAAAGUGAGUUCUUCACAACGAAGCCUCUUCCUUGUGAUCCAUCAUCUUUACCCAAGUACCCUCCAAGCAAGGAAUUUGACGCUAAGAUGAGAGAUGAGGAAGCAAGAAGGCAAAGAGGUGGUGGUACCAAAGGACCUGGCAUUGAAUCUAACAGAAAGCCGGCAAAACAGUCAAAAGCGGUACCUGCGCCUGAUGCUAAUGCUGAGUUACCAGCAUCCAUACAGAAGUGGAAACAGCAGUCAAAUCAAGCAAGCGUUAGUGAGAAGUACAAUCGUGAAGAAGAUGGCGGAUCUGGUUUCCGUUUUGAUCCCAGCAGAGGAUCUUUAUAUAAUGGCCAUUUAUCACAAGUCAGUGAUUCUGGAAAUUCCAUAAACACAGAUACAAAUGGACAUGGCCCUCUUAUGAGUUCUCAACGAGCAUUUGAUUCUUCAAAAUUUGGAGAAUUAAGUAGUGCACAUAAGUCCUUCAGACCUCACGGUGCAGCAGCUCAUUUGUCCAGGUUCUCCAAUUCAGUUGCAUCUCACGGUAGUUCAAGAUUCGAUAUAAGCAGGGAGAUGAGUACCCAUUCACAGUGGCCUGAAGAGCUCACGACUGGAAAGUACAACCAGCUUAAUGAUUCCGACUCUUCCUACUCUCUUUUGGGGAAAGACUCUUCCAAUAAGAAGGACAAGCAUGCAACAGGGAAGGAUCCUGCAGCGGGUUAUAUUCCAAAGAAGAACCGAAUCCACUACUCUGGACCUUUGAUGCCACCCGGUGGAAACAUAGACGAAAUGCUUAAAGAGCAUGAGAAACAAAUUCAGCAGGCUAUCCGCAGAGCCCGUCUUGACAAAAAUAAGAAAAAGGAACAGAACGACAAUGGGCAAACAGAAUCGCUCUUACACUAUACGAGCAAUGGUCGGUGACUUGUAGAUUAGGAAGAAGAUGCAACUUUUUGAUGAACUUCAGAACUCUGGUCAAUAGAAACUCUCAGCAGCAAGAUAAAAGCUUUACUCACAUGGAACUCCCGAGUCUUUUUUGCCUAUACUGGAAGUGAUACUUUGCAGAAUGCAUAGUGUACAAUUCCAGAUUCAUAUCUUGACCUCCUCUUGUAACGGCCCUUAGAAUGAAACGAAGAGAGCAAUUCUUUUGAUGUUUAUUAUUGGGGUAAUUCUUUUGGUGGUGUAUGUCUUGGGAAGUAUUCUUGUAAGUUGUACAGUUAUACAUUCGUCAGUUCUUCAUGUAAAGGAUAACCUUUUUUCAAAUUUGUAGGAAUUUUACAACCUCAAGCCAGAAUCUGGCGUCGGAAUACAUACAUCAACAUGAUGGUAGGAUUUAAAAUAAUAGUAUCAAAUCAUCAAAUUUUCUGUUUUAUAUAUUCUUCUCUUCUUGCAUCA